AUGAUUCACCAGAAAAUGUCGAGAACAACUCCGAACGUUAUCAUCACCGGCACGCCGGGCGUGGGUAAGACGACACAUUGCGAAGAGCUCGCGAGGCGGACGGGCCUGAAACACCUUUCGGUCAACCAAGUCGUCAAGGACCGUGAGUGCCACGAGGGCUGGGACGAGGAGUUUCAGAGCUGGAUAGUCGACGAAGAUAAGUUGCUCGACACCAUCGAGGGAGAUGUGCAAAAUGGAGGCUACAUCAUCGACUGGCAUGCAUGUGACCUGUUUCCCAAGAGCUGGAUCGACCUUGUCGUAGUCCUGCGCGUGGACUCGACGACGCUCUACGACCGUCUUUCGGCCAGAAAGUAUCCCGAGGCCAAACUUCAGGAAAACCUAGACUCGGAAAUCAUGGAGGUUCUACUCCAGGAGGCGCGUGAGGCUUUCGACGAAGAAAUUGUUGUUGAGUUGACGAGCAACACAUCAGAUGAGAUGGAAGGCAAUCUAUCGAGAAUCGAGGCGUGGCUUGAGCAGUGGAAGAAGGAUCACUCGUCAUAG